AUGGUUUCACUUUGGUCAACAACAAAUGUAUUUUGGUGUGAUUCAUUAUUUUACCAAUAAAAAUGUAAUGUAACAAAAAUUUCAGUUACUGACUAUAGCACGUUCGAAUAGAGAGUUUUUUCAAUCAGGAUGUGCUUCGUUGGGUGGAAAGCUUGUAUCUAUUCAUACAGCAAUCGAUAAUAACGCUAUCGCAAAAUACGCCACGGGACAAGGAAAUUCGGAAGCAAUCUGUAUUGGUCUAACAUGUUACAAAGACAAUGAUCCAGCCAAUUGUUUAUGGGCUGAUCAACUCGGAAAUGCUUCGAGAUACAACAAUUUUCAACCAGGAUACCCGCAAUUUAACAAUGGUAGUUCUGUAUACAUGACACCAUCAACCGGGAAAUGGGUAAGUGGAAAUUGUGACAAUCUUUUAAAUGCAAUCUGUGAAACCGAUAUGAUUGGUGAAUGUUCCUAUAAGUUUGGGGAUAAUUGUUAUUAUCCACUCGCUGUGCCGUUCCAUCAUUACGAAGAAUUGAAUAUUUGCGAACAAAUGUGUAGUGGAAGUCUGGUUUCGAUUCAUUCUCCCGAAGAAAACGAAUAUAUUCGUGGAUUGUUUAUUGAUCCAUCAAUCACUUCAAUCAAUAUUGGAGCAAUGUUGAGUCGGGAGAAUUAUUGGAGUGAUGGUACAACUUGGGAUUAUGAAAAUUUCAAUCAUUCGAGUAUACACGAUGGACGAUGUUAUAGCAUGUCAAUCAAUGAUGGGAAAUGGAACAGUAUCAAUUGUAGUUCUUUUCCUGCGCCAACAAUUUGUAAAUGGAAAGCAAGUUCCGAAUGCCGAAAAACAUGCACUGAACCUAUAUAUCGAGAAAAAACUGGAUAUGUAAGCUUUUUUUCAAUCUAGUUGUUCAUUCAAUAUUUUUUCAGAUAUAUUCGCCCGGCUAUUACUAUUAUUUCACCAAAUAUCGCGGAAUUUCGCCAUGUUAUUAUGUUUUACAUGUUCCAAGUGAUUCAGCAGUUAUAUGGUUUAGAAGUCUUAAUUUGGAUUCAGUGAGACAAUGAGCUGUUUGAAUUUAAUUUGGUUAGCAAAAUCUAGUAAAUUUCAGAAAUCAUCGAUUGAAUUAUAUUCCGACACCGGAAAUUCAACUCCCAUUGCUGUUAUCACCCAGGGAAAUCAAAACUACUAUUAUAAUACACCUUUAACUUCUCCAAGUCAACUCAUAAAACUUGUUUACAAUCAAUGCGAGUCCAAUUGCGAUCUGUCUGCGUUUUAUGGUUGGAAGGCCCAAUUUGGCACAAACUACGGUGCGAAAUGUGGAGAGAUAUUAUACACAACUGGUGUUAUAUCAUCUCAAAAUUAUCCGAAUAAUUAUCCGAAUAAUUAUGGAUGCUCAUAUUAUUUUCAAAAUGCAGGAGAAAAGUGA